AUGAAGACAGAAAGGCAUAGCAAACCAUAUUUGGCCUUCCCUGUUGUGAUAAUCUUUUCUUUGUGCCUGCAAACGAGUGCAAACCACACUGAUUAUCCUCAGGUUACAAAUGAGACCUGGAAUCCUAUCAGCCAAAACCUCAGUGGAAGCCAGAACAUAACAGAAGCCAAUACAAAUUCUCCUCUGAGCAUCAAUUUCAGCAGUAAAACACCUAGUUCUCAAAUGCAGACAAAUACCCUGCUACCCUUAUCCUCCACCUUGGCCCAAAAUUCAACAUCUUCCCCUGUCAGAAAAGCUGUUCCUGUCACUGGAGGACCAAGGAAUAUCAGCAAAUCCAAGGGUACAGUGACAAAAGAAACAUGUGAAGACAAUAAGUCUCUUAUACUGAUUUGCUUUAUUAUAAUAGCAGUACUUGUGCUUAUCUGCACCUUCUUAUUUCUGGCAACAGUUAUAAUAGCAAACAAAAUGUCCUAUCUCAAAAAAACUCAGCAAGGAAAACGUAGGCCCAGGAGCAAUGGUGAUAUUGUGGCUACUAACAGCUUCUGGCCAACAGCAGCAGGAACAUGGCAGAGGAUGCCAAGGGAGACAAUUGAAACAGACUUGAUAAUGCAAGACUUGAUAACAGGAAGAGAUGCUGCAACACAAAGGAAAUCCAAAGAUGAAACUACUGAGAAACUCACUAAAGAAACAAACAACGAACAGGAAAACAAAGAACCAUCGAAGUCACACAAACCCAUUUUAACCAAUUUUGUAGUUGAGAUUUAA